AUGCAAGUGAAUCUCAAUUCCACAUUUGCAGAAAUCUCGGCCCUAGACAAGUUAGCUAUAUUUGCUCCCCAUUGGUUUUAUUCGUAUGGAUUGAAGCCGGAAGUUGCGACUUUCAGCGUAAUAAUUUUCAUUGCUACCACUCUCGUUGUUAUUGGGUCCUAUUCAACAAUCAGCCAGCCCAAACUGGCAUCAGAUCCAAUAUAUGAUAGACAUAGUUCCCUAUGGGACCCCACUGACAGGGAUGGUAGCUCAUUGUAUAUUAUGCUGCCCGAAAGUGCACUUAACUUGAAUACGAACUUGAUCGAUUACAAAUCAGCACUUACGCUACCUGUGAUGGCCGCAAGUGCUUUGUUUGGACUUGAUUACUUGAUUCGUCAUUUUGAUAUCCUGAAGAUUAAAGUAUUUAUGAUGUAUAUUACGACCAUGGUCGUCCCCACGGCACAUUUGACUUUGAAUUUCUUGUUCACUGCGUUUUUGAGGAACAUCGGUUACAUAUUGGGGCUCAAGCACAAUCUGGGAUAUUUCUUCAGCAGAUACCGGCUCACUCACUCCAAUGAUGAUAAGUCACCUUUGGGUGUCAUUGAGCAGUUUGACUUAAAGAGUAUGAGCAUGUCCAAAUCUGAACUUAAAGACUUUCAGAAUUGGAUGCUUGAACGCAAUAACGCCAAGCUUGUCAAGCUUCACAAAGUAGAGGUGAAGAAACAGAAUUUUGCCAUAGUUUGGGACGCAAAGUUCUUGUUCACUUUACCUAUUGCGAUUGCACUUCUGGUAGUGUUUCACGUCUAUAAUUCUGAUACGUACAAGUUGAAGAAUGUCAAUUGGAUCGUGAAUAAUGUCAUUGCGUCAGUAUUUGCGAUAUCGGGAUGUAUGUUUACUCGAGUGGGUUCAUUUAAAGUGGGUACAUUGAUGUUACUUGCACUUUUCGCAUACGACGUUUACUUCGUAUUCGGCUCCACUCUCAUGGUAUCUGUGGCUACUGGGAUUGACUUGCCGGUGAAGAUCGUGGUUCCAACUUGUCCUCCUGAAUUCUUCUCGUGGUCAGAAAUUUGGAACAAACAGAUGCAUCAAAUUAGAGGGGGCACUUCACUUCUAGGACUUGGAGAUAUUGCGAUUCCUGGUGCGUUCAUCUCGCUUUGUCUUCGCUAUGAUUAUUUCCAGUAUUACAACCGUACUAAAUUGGCGUUCCACCACCUCAGAAGCAUUGGAACACCCAAGUACUUUAUUCUGGCAAUUUCAGCUUACGUCACUGGACUCUGUAUCACAAUCACUGCUAACCAUUACUCAGGCCGCGGACAGCCAGCACUUCUUUACAUAGUUCCCUCGUUACUUAUUUCCGUUUUCGGUCUUGCGACGUGGUGCAAAGAACUUUCUCAGUUGUGGGGAUUUACUGAGGAGAUCGAGGCUUAUCCAGAAAAAACCGCCGAACAGGGGCCCAUUGCCCCCCGCGAAUCCGACGAAUUUUCAGAGGUGGAGUCCGAGGAACCUUCAUUGCAGGUCGUCGUUGACGAGGUCACGUAUGAGUUUGAAUUUACUGAGGAUGAGUCUGACGACACCUACAUUAUUGAGGAAGAUACAGAUGACGAUGAGGAGCUUUUCGAUGAAGAAGAUUUGAGCAAUGAAAUCGAUUAUUUGCUCCGUGACCAAGAAAAAGAGACACAAUAG